ACCCUCUGCUCUCUGAACCUCCUCCUGUGGCUGCUGGAAGGAAAAGAGGGGGAGGGAGACAAAGUCUUCCAGCUGCCACAGAGGAAACGGAAGGGACGAAACAGAAAACUAAUUUCAAAACUUCAAGUCUAUGCUCAAGGAUUGCUGUCUGGGAUCUUCUUCUUCUUCCUCUGAAUCUUCUACAGAAUUCUUCUGAAAAUUCUACCUUUGUUUCUAAUCUUCAGUUGUUUCUGUGGUUGCGAGAAAAAAGCCUCCACCCUAAAGAGAAGAAAGACAGCUAAUCCAGUGUGAGGAGAUGUCCCCCCAGCCACAGGUGACAAGGAAUUUCCAGGAGUUCCUCAAGAGCUUUCCUGGGAUUAUACGGAUCCUUCAGAUUCUCCUGGGAGCUGGUCUUUGGGUCACUGUCGCCACCAGCAAGUAUGAGGGCUCCGUUCACUUUGUUCUCUUUGUGGCCGUGUUUUUCUGGCUUCUCACACUCGCCCUCUUCUUUCUCACUAUGCUGAACAAGCAGGACCUGGUCCCCAUCCUAGGAGGAGAGAGAUGGCUGUUAACCAAUGUGAUACACGACUUUGCAGCUACAUUGCUUUAUUUGUCUGCAAUCGGCAUCAUGAUCUACAAAACAUCAAAGAACUCCUACUGCAAUCUGCCACAAUACAAGCACACAUGCCUGUACACCGUCUACCUCACUGGCUCUGUGUUUGCCUGCCUGACUGCCAGCGCCUACUUUCUCUCAGCCAUUUACGGCUCCUGCAGAAAGUGCCGGGGUGAGCAGACCGUGGUGUGAAAACCCAACACAGGACACAUGAGGGAUGGGGGAGGUACACUUCUCCUUCUCGCUGAGAGCCCUGAGAGGGAGAAAAACAGCCCUUCUCCAGGUUGCACACAGCUGGCUUAUGGAAAAAAAGAUCUUUCUUUUUCUCUUAAAGCAGAGAGUUUGAUCACCUUGUCUCAGGCUUCCAGGUUGGUCGAUUUUGUAUAAAGUAAUUUAAACACAUUUAUACCUUCAGCAGCCACAAAAAUAUGUAUUUUAUUUUAUAUUUGUAUGUUUCUAGCUACUCAACAAGUUAUGUAACAGAGUUCUAUGUUUUCUUUUACAUUUUCUGUUACAAUGACAAACCAACCAGCAAUCUGAUAUGCCAAGUCUGUAGCAUUUUUUUUAUCAGUUGUUUGAUAACAUAAAGUGGUGUCUUUUUGUGACUGAAUGUGCAUAAGAUACAUGUGUUGGUGUAUGUGUACAGAGUCUAGCAGAAUGAAUAAUUUCAUGUCAAGAAUAUCAUUGACAAUAUCCUUGCUUAACAUGCGCACAGCAACAAUGCUAUGUAAAAAUGUCAAUUUACAAGUAUUUAAAUUUCACAUAAAGCAACUGUCAGUCUGAACAAAUAAUGAAUAAAAAGUAAAUGAUUACCUGAAAA